AAGAAAAGAAAAAGAAAAGAAAAAAGAGAGAGGAAGAAAUGGCAGCAGAGAAGUUAACCGAAUUUGCAUUUGGUGAUGCGAGCCAUUUUUGAAAACCAACCAACCCAUGAAGCGCGAACUAGCUCGACUUGUCGCGGAUGGGUUAUACAGAGAUGCCCUCUGCUUAUACGCUCAGCUCCACUCUGCUUCUUUGCGUCCUCACAAAUUCACAUUCCCUCCUCUUCUAAAAGCCUGUGGCAAGCUUCAAUCGGCCCUACAGGCCCAAAUUCUGCAUACCCAUCUUAUGAAAACCGGGUUUUCGGCUGAUGUUUAUUCAGCCACGGCUCUCACCGGUGCGUACAUGAAGCUUCAUCUUAUCGACGACGCAGUGAAGGUGUUCGAAGAAAUGCCUGAACGGAACUUCGCUUCGUUGAAUGCGGUGAUUACAGGGUUUCUGCAAAAUGGGUACUGUAGAGAGGCUUUGCGGUUAUUUACGAACGUAGGGCCUGGAGGGUUCAGGCCCAAUUCAGUUACUAUAGCUAGUAUGUUAUCUGCAUGUGGAAAUGUAGAGCAUGGCAUGGAAAUGCACUGCUUGGCGGUAAAGCUGGGUGUUGAGAGUGAUGUUUAUGUUGCAACCUCGGUUCUGACUAUGUAUUCGAACUGCGGAGGGUUGUUUUCGGCUGCAAAGGUGUUUGAAGAAAUGCCCAUCAAGAAUAUAGUGAGCUAUAAUGCUUUUAUUUCAGGGCUUUUGCAGAAUGGGGUUCCUCAUGUGGUGUUGGAUAUUUUUAAGAAAAUGAGAGCAUGUACAGGUGAAAAUCCCAAUUCAGUUACGUUGCUGUCUGUUCUUUCUGCCUGUGCUAGUCUUUUGUAUCUCCGAUUUGGCAAGCAGGUUCACGGGUUGAUGAUGAAAAUUGAAGUGGAGCUUGAUACUAUGCUUGGAACAGCACUUGUGGACAUGUAUUCUAAGUGUGGUUGUUGGCAGCUGGCAUAUGGUACUUUCAAAGAACUAAAUGAAAACAGGAAUUUAUUUACAUGGAACGCCAUGAUUUCUGGAAUGAUGUUGAAUGCGCAGAAUGAGAAUGCUGUUGAGCUAUUUGAACAGUUGGAAUCUGAAGGAUUUAAACCGGAUUCGGUUACUUGGAAUUCCAUGAUCAGUGGGUUUUCACAACUAGGGAAGGCGAUUGAAGCUUUUGUGUAUUUUAGGAGAAUGCAAUCAGCUGGUGUCGUCCCAAGUUUAAAAUCUAUCACAAGUCUUCUACCAGCGUGUGCAGAUUUAUCUGCUCUGCAAUGUGGAAAAGAGGUCCAUGGGCUUGCAAUUAGAACCUCUAUUAGCAAUGAUCUGUUCAUUUCCACUGCUCUUAUUGACAUGUACAUGAAAUGUGGGCAGUCUUCUUGGGCAAGGAGAAUUUUUGAUUGGUUUCAGAUAAAACCUAAUGAUCCUGCAUUUUGGAACGCAAUCAUAUCUGGGUAUGGAAGGAAUGGAGAUAAUGAAUCUGCAUUUGGGAUCUUUGACCAGAUGUUGGAAGCAAAAGUACAACCUAAUGCAGCAACUUUCACCAGUCUUCUAUCUAUGUGCAGUCACACUGGUUUAGUGGACAAAGGAUGGCAAGUUUUUAGGAUGAUGAACAGAGAUUUUGGUCUAAAACCAAAUCCAGCUCAUUUUGGUUGCAUGAUUGAUCUUUUGGGUCGAACUGGCAGGUUGGAUGAAGCCCGAGAGUUGAUACAAGAAUUGUCAGAGCCUUCUGGAGCAGUUUUUGCAUCUUUGCUAGGUGCUUGUGAAUCUCAUUUAGAUUCACAACUGGGGAAAGAAAUGGCUAUAAAACUUUCAGAAUUAGAACCAGAGAACCCAACACCUUUCGUGAUUCUGUCGAAGAUAUAUGCUGCACUUGGCAGGUGGGAGGAUGCAGAAAAUAUUAGAGGAUUGAUGAAUGAUAAAACACUGAGAAAGCUCCCUGGCUUUAGUUUAUUAAGAAUGCAUCAAAAGUAGAUACACGAAACAAAACAACUGCAACUCAAUGUCAACUGUUUUAUGGUC